UUUCACCCACUAAGUUAUCCAGCUUCGCCGGCUUCCCUUCCCGAAAUCAACUUCCAUUCCCGAAAAACUCCCCAUUUUCUCAAAUCCCAACUGCUUCUUCCUCGACCGCCGGGCGGUUGCGGCUUCCUUCAUCAACUGAACGGUGGGCGAAACCAGUUUGCUUUCCGGUUCGAAAAGGGCAAUGUCCUAGUUUGUGGGCUAACGAGAUUACUGAACCAGUAACGAGCUGUUCUUGAACCCCUUUGUUGCUCUGUUUAUGUAUAAAUAUUCUUAGUGCUGCAUAAGUUGAAGGAUAAUGUUGUUCUGCAUUCAAGCAAAUCCUUGCCUACCUAAUAAUACCCAGCUUCAGUUGCCCCGGCUGGAAAGUUCAUGGAGAACUCUAACGCCAUUGAAGGUCUUGAGACCUGCUGCUAAAACUUCGACGUACCUUUCUUUUGCGCUUGUCCCUAAGCUUAGACAUCACAACCUCACAGCGACAUACCCACGAAAGUCCCUUGUUUGCUUACUUGGUGGCAAGGACAAGCCUGAAGGAGAAAAUGAGGGAUCUCCUUUGAAGUCUCUUGGAAAUGCUGUCGGAAGUUUCCAGGGGAAAUCAAUAGAAGAUGUGCUGAAGGAACAGAUGCAAAAACAAGAGUUCUACGACGGAGGCGGCAGUGGUGGUGGCAGUCCACCACGAGGUGGUGGUGGUGGCGGUGGCGGUGGUGCUUCAGGUGGAUCCCAGGAUGAUGACCUUCCUGGGGUCUUGGACGAAACUCUCCAAGUGGUUUUAGCCACUGUGGGGUUCGUACUUCUGUACAUUUAUAUCAUCAAUGGCGAGGACAUGACUCGGAUACUGAAGGACUACCUAAAGUAUGUCUUCACCGGGAACAAGAGUGUUCGUCUGGCAAAAGUGUUGGAGCAGUGGGAAAGUUACCGCCAGAAGCUGGCAGAGAAGAGGCAGGUGGACAAGUUUUGGUUAGAAAGAGAGAUCAUCAACACCACGACUUGGUACGACAACCCAGACAAGUAUCGACGCAUCUAUCGAGCCUACGUUCAGGCUGCAAAUGAUAAUGAUAAUGACAACGACAAUGAUGAUAAUGACGAUGAUGAUAUUAUUGAUUACUAGUGUAUUUCUAGGUUUUGGAGACUGCUAGAGGAAAGAUCUAAAGAUAUAAACAUAUCUUUUUAUGCAACAGUUCUUUGUAUAUUUCUGCCAAGGAGUUUAAUUGUGUUCUACUUGUAUUCAAAUGAUAAUUUUGGCUUCAAUAUGGACAUGCCUGGAAUUGCUUGGCUACUGUUUUUAUGAACAAGGAUUAUUUUGUGUCUGGAGGCUGCAACAGAACAAGAUCAAUAAUGGCUGUCUGGUACUGACUACUGAGGUUGAAGCUGCUUUCUCUAACAUGAUCAGUAAAAUGAGCA